AUGCCUUACCUUAAGGAUGGGACGGAGGAAGAAAAGAAAGAAUUUUUGGAUCUCUGCAUUUACCGCAAGGGUGCCUACGAUUCCACCGACGAUGUGGCAUCUGUAUUUGAAGAGUUAAAAGAGAAGGAGGCCAAGCUGGGAGAAGGCGGCAAGGUCAACCGUCUCUUUUACUUUGCGAUUCCACCGACUGUCUUUGUUCCCAUGGGAAAGAGUAUCAAAGAGGCUGUGAUUGACCGAGCUGGAGAGUCGGUUGGAUGGUCCCCUCUGAUUGUGGAAAAACCAUUUGGCAAGGAUUCUGAAUCCUUUCAAGAGCUUUUGAGCGACAUGAAAGCCUUGUAUUCGGAAGAUUACAUUUAUUGCAUUGACCACUUUUUGGGCAAGGAAAUGGUCCAGAACUUGCUCAUUCUGCAAUUCUCAAACGCCAUUUUUGAACCACUUUGGAAUCGCAAUCAUGUCAAGAGCGUGACAAUUACAUUCAAGGAGAACUUUGGGACCAAGGGACGAGGUGGAUAUUUUGAUUCGUAUGGUAUCAUUCGCGAUGUCAUUCAGAAUCACUUGCUCCAAGUUAUGAGUCUAGUCGCUAUGGAACCUCCUGUGAAAGUGACCGGCGAAGGUUCUGCAAAUUACAUUCAUGACUGUGUGUUGGGACAGUACCUUGCCGCUCCCGAUGGAUCCAAAGUCGCCUACACUGAAGAUGACACGGUUCCUGACGACAGUGUGACGCCAACCUUUGCCACCAUUGUCUUGUGA